ACGCCAUAUUCUCCAUAGUGACAUUUCAGCAGUCGAGCUUGCGGCACCUGUGGAGGACCGAACUAUUAUGUUUAUUUAAGCCAAUUUUUAAAUUUCGUUAUUUUCUUUAAAUUUACGACUUUCAGGUCCGCAAAGAUGUUCAGGAACGGGAAUUCUAGGGACUUUGACGACGACCCAUUCUUCUCAGAUCCAUUCCGAGCACAUCGGGAUCACAUGCGGCAGAUGAUGCGGAGCUUCUCGGAGCCAUUCGGCGGACCCUGCAUGCCGAGCAUCACGGACGGGAGACAACGUGGGCACGAUACAGCGGAGCCUCUGGCGGUGAUGAGUACCCGGAGAAAAGCCACACAGGCCGGGGGACAACGUGCAAACGCUACACGGCAAGGCCGCACCCAAGCGAUUCGAACUCCAAACUUCAGAAGUGACCCCACGUCGAACCCUUUCAGCAUGUUCGACAACAUCAUGACCAAUGUGAGGAGCCGGAUGGAAGGAAUGUGCAAAAACUUUGAGAAUAUGUCCACGGAAGGAAACACCCACUCAUUCAGCUCCUCAUCAGUCAUGACAUAUUCCAAGGUUGGAGACGAACCACCGAAAGUCUUUCAGGCGUCGUCGUCGACACGGCGGGCCCCUGGAGGUGUGAAGGAGACUGUUAAAGCCUUGAAAGACUCUGAAAGUGGCCUUGAGAAGAUGUCCAUCGGUCACCACAUUCAAGACAGAGGACAUGUUGUUGAGAAGAAAAUGAACAAGAAAACAGGAGAUAAGGAGUUCAUACAGGACUUCCAGAAUAUGGAUGAAUCUGAAGCACAAUCCUUUGACGAGGAGUGGCAAAAGGAGUUGUCCAAGUUUAGGCCAUCGGGCUCCGUGGCUCAGCUGGAGCCGCCCCGACGUCACAGAGGUCAGCUUGCACCUGAGCGGACCCACAGAGAACAACCAAAGUCCAAACCUAAAGGUAUCCUGAAAGCUUCCAACUCGACAAAGCAGUAAAAUCAUGAACAUGUUCUCGACUCUCUCAAGUGCCCACAAUGCAUACAGUAUGUAUACCUACACAUACACAUACUGUAACGGUAUCAUCCCCAAGACUAAACCAGAAGGCCCAUGAAUGGAAACAUGUUAGCGACGUUCCGCGUUUUGACUCUGUUGUAUUGGUCACUGCUUCUCAAGGUGUGUUCAUGCAGUUUGUCCAUAGCAAAUUUACAGCUUAUUCCCAUCUUUUGCACACGUUUAACUCUCCAUAUAUUCAAUGACGGUCAUAUCUCCCACUCAACUUUCUUUGGUACAGAGGAUUAAGAAAGUUAGGAACUGAAGCACCGUAAAUGCCAAUUGGUGUCCUUGAAGAGGUGAAUGAGAUGUACAUUAGCUGGCAGCUAUUCAGUGAGUGAAGGAAUUAGCGUGGGAGCUCCCUGUAUUUAAAAAAAAAAAAAAACUUUUUUUUUUUUAUGCAAUGUUUUUAUUUCUUGUUAUCCCAUGAGACUUAACCGUGUUGACUGACUCGAUGGCAGUGUUGAUAUUGAAAAAGGAAUUACACAUCAACUGUCAUCAAAGGGCCACAACAACUUGAGUGACUUAAUUUGAUCCACGGAUGCACUUAGAAUAGGUCAGAAGUCUUUUGUUAAGUACCUGAAAUGUCUUGUAUUUGCUCUAAUCUUUGUAAAAAGAAACAUCGCUUUCCCUUUUUGUAUUGUUCAUUUUUACCCCCAAGCUCAGCAACACCACUUGCAACUGUUCUUGUAUAUUUUAAAUAUACUUUUAGAAUUGAAAAAUUAAAAUGUCUAAUCAAGAUGUGUAUCGCUGUUGUUCGAUCAAAGCACUUGAUCAGGAAUGUUACAAUUUGUUGAAGGACCCAGAGAGCACCCAGGACUACUGUUUGACACCCAGCCGUGAAGGAAUAGAAAGCCACUCUCCCACCGUUGUUGCGACAGUAUACGGUGAAUAGAAAAAGUCAACCAACACCUGUGCAAAAUAAAGGUUUUAAUUAGAUAAAAUAUUUCACAACUUUCCAACAUUGAUGACAAUCAAUAGUUAAUUUAGAAAAAGAAUUUUUUUUUUUUUUUUUAGGGUGGUGGGAGAUGUUUUACAUUUUGAGGCAAAUAUACCUUUCCAGAUUAUGGACAAUAAAAAAAAAAAAAAAAAACUGGUUUCAUUGAAGAAAGAAAAAAAAAUCCCCAAACACAUGACAAAAUGUUUAUUUUGACUCAACUAAUUGGUAGAAGACAUUUGUCCCUCCUGCACAAGUAUGUACGUUUAGUGAUCAUUGCAGAUAUUGUAGAUGGUUUCAAGUCAUUUGUCGAAAAGUUUCAAUAGUCAAAUUAAGUAGGCAGAGUAGGUUAAGUACACAAUUGGCGCCACCUGGUGACAAUGGACAAAACGCCUGCAAAUUUGUAAGAAAGUACAGGUCAGCAAUGGAAUUUCUGCAGUUGGAUUAAAUUUAAUUUUUUUAAAACGUAUUUCAAAUUGAAAUGUUUUUACACCCCGAAAAGUCUGAGAAUUUAUAUUAUUUGUUCUUAACCAUCAAAUCGCCCAAAACUGAAAAUUUACCAUCAAAAAAACUCCGUCAAAUUCUAAGUUGGUGAAAUUUAAAAUGUGGUGAGGAAAAAAACAUAACAUCAGACUUCCGAGAGAGAAACCAGUGAUGCAACAAUCCGCAAUCUGAAUUCAGCAAACGUGGCCAAUCAAUUUACACUGUGUUAGAAAUUUGAUGGUUAAAAAAAAGGGGAUAAAUUCCAAUUCAAACUGUAAAUAUGCUUU